AUGGCCUAUGCUGAGGAAGACAGAAAUGGCUACGAGGCGUGCAGGGAAGCAGCAGAGUGGCUGCGUGCCCGAGCUGCGCGGCGGCCCAGGAUCGCCAUCGUCUGCGGCUCCGGGCUGGGAGCUCUGGCCGACGUGCUGGACAACAGCACAGCCUUCCUCUAUGAGGACAUCCCUCACUUCCCACGGAGCUCAGUGUCGGGGCACGUUGGCAGGUUGGUGUUUGGGGAGCUGAAUGGCCAGCCCUGCGUGUGCAUGCAGGGGCGUUUCCACUCCUACGAAGGCCACUCUCUCAGCACGGUCACCUUUCCCAUCAGGGUGUUCUUUCUCCUGGGGGUGGAGAUCUUGAUUGUCACAAAUGCUGCUGGAGGACUGAAUCCCCACUUCCAGGUGGGGGACAUCAUGUUCAUCAGGGAUCACAUCAGCUUGUUUGGCUUGGGAGGGCAGAAUCCCCUGCGUGGACCAAACGAUGAGCGGUUUGGAGUGAGGUUUCCCUGCAUGUCAGAUGCUUAUGAACAAGACCUGCUCAGCCUGGCCAUGGAGAGUGCCCAGGAGCUGGGGUUCCUGAGCUUCACCAGGGAAGGAGUGUACUGCCUGCAGGCUGGGCCCAGCUACGAGACCAUCGCCGAGUGCCGCCUGCUGCAGGCGCUGGGAGCUGAUGCUGUGGGCAUGAGCACUGUCCCAGAGGUAAUUGUAGCCAGGCAUUGUGGCCUCCGAGUCCUUGGGAUCUCCCUCAUCACCAACAGAGCAGUGAUGAGCUACAACAGCCAAGAGAAAGCCAACCACGAGGAAGUGCUGCGCAUCUCGCUGGUCCGGGCUGCAGCCCUGCAGAAACUGGUCACACACCUCCUUGGGAAGCUGGGGGAAAGCACAAACUCUCUAUGACCUCCAGACAUUAAUCCUUCAUGUCAUAACGUGUGUGAACACUACCAAGUGUUGGGGGAGAGCUGUUGUUGGGACUGUCCCUUUCUCUCCAGAUUUUAAAUAGACUAUUUGAUCUUUGUGCUUUGUCUGAUCAGGUGCAGAGGUUCACUUUGAAUUUUGCCAGGAUGACCCCCUCAUUCAUAGCCAGUGACCAAAACAGCUUACUGGCACUUCAACACUCUGGCACAUUCCCAAACCCCAGUGUCAGCAGAGCCCCAGAGACUGUGACCUCCAGCUGUCUCUCUUGGGACACCCUCCUGCCCCAAGUCUUUGCUCCCCAGGUCAAGAGUUGGUCAUGGGGCUUGAUCCUGCUUUGGUAGGACCUGGUCUGAAGCCAGAGAAAGAUUGA